CUGAGCGCUGACUGAGUGCAAAUAGUCCUCAGAGUACAGCAAGAAACAAGCGGAGACACGUGGAAACAGAGGACUGACUGGAAUUACCCAAGGUGGACUGGAUGCUGAACUUUAAAAAGGCAAAAAUCUGUCCUGUUUACAACUGUAGCUGAGUGGAGUGAAUAAAUACCAAACUGAGAGGAUACCAGCUUACCUGAGUGCAGCCGGACAGGUUGAGGUGGAUGAGAUUGUGGCAGCCCUUCCCUGUGGUCAGCUCUUCUUAUUGAAAAGAAAGUCCCUGCAAGGAACAAGAUGCGUGUGACCUCCUUUCUCCUCCUAGCCUCCCUGCUCCUUGUCCUGCUCCCGUCAACGGAGAUGAAAAAGCCAGGGAAGGGCAGAGGCCUCAGAGGAGCCAGACACAAACUCACACGGGACAGGGUAAGAAGUGGUGGGCGUCACAGCAGAUCUGGCCCCUCCAGGCUUGUGUCACCGAAGUGCUUAGAGUCGACAGAAUCUGGAGACGUCUUCGUAGACUGUCAGGACAGGCGUCUCAGCUCUGUUCCCACCUCACAGACCUGGUCAAAACAACCAAAGCACCUCCUUCUAGCACGCAACCGGAUCAAAGUCCUUCGUGAUGGGGCCUUCUUUGGAUUUGAGAGUUUAACCAGUCUCGACCUGCAGCAGAACCAGAUAUCUUUGGUGGAGGAGGGGGCCUUCGUGGGCCUGACACGCCUUACAACCCUGCUGCUUCAGCACAACCGCCUGGGGACACUAAGUGAGGAGGCCCUCAUCCCCAUGCCAAACCUUCGCUACCUUCGUCUAUAUGAUAACCCCUGGAAAUGUCUCUGCCCGCUGGACAGUCUCGUGCGCACCAUUCAGGUCCCAAGCAACCGUAAUCUGGGAAAUCACGCCAGGUGUGCAGAGCCCCCGAGGCUAAAAAGCAUGAAGUUGAAGCAGAUUGACCCUGAGUUACUCUGUAAGGAAUCAGACCCAACUGGUGACCCACAGGGUGACCAAACAGAUCCUGCAGGCCCUCUAGACCCCAUUCCAAUCCGUACAAAACCAGACGCCACCACAGCUUGCCAUACCUACCUUUUCCCCCAAGUACGGAUGGACUGCAGUAAACGAGGUCUAACUGAGGUGCCCACAGGUAUUCCAGAGGAUGUCGUUCAUAUUGAUCUGUCCCAUAAUUUGAUCCGUCAUCUCAAAGCCAGAGAAUUCCAGGGAGCGAGGAGCCUCAGAACCCUGAACAUCAGUCACAACAACAUGGAGCGCAUCGACACAGCCUCCCUGUUUGGGCUCCUGCACCUUCGUGAGCUGGACCUGUCCGAAAACAGCCUGCAUUUUAUCCAGUACGGGGUUCUGGAAGACCUUUACUUCCUGUCACAGCUAAAACUGGGAGGAAACCCCUGGGUGUGUGACUAUAGCAUCCACUACAUGGUGUACUGGCUGCAUCUGCACCCAGGGGUGAGGCACUCUGGCCUGUUCUGUCGCUCCCCUCCUGAACAUACUGGCGAGAGUGUGGCGGAGUACGUGCGUUCCUACAACAGAGAGUGUCCAAAGGACAGACAGUACAGCAGAACAGAUCAAGACCAAACAGACCCUGAACUGUGGAACACGCCAAUGGAAGUGCAGGGUGAGCUGGAGGAGGAGCUGGAGCCGAGCCACUUGAGAGCGCCGCAGAAAUACCAGAUCAUCAGGCUGUCCUGACUCAAGUGAAAAUCUGACCGAAAAAUCUGACUUUGAAUAAGCUCUUUUUUUUCCCAUCUUGAUUUACGUUCAGUACCAUAAACCCGUCUGUAUCAGACGGAGAAACUAAAUUUUUCAAUGUUGCUUUAAUGUUUGUCUUUUUUAUGUUUUUCAAAUUAUAAAAAAUAUCAACUUAU